UCAAAUCCCGUAAACCACAGGGAACCCAUAAUUUCAAUACCACCAUUGAUAGACAUUCUAUAAGUUGCUAUAAUACAGGUAGGAAAAAAUCUCACAAAUCACACUGAAGAUGGCUCCUAUUUUCGGAUACUGGGAUAUCAGAGGGCUUGCCCAACCAAUUCGUCUGUUAAUGCAUUAUGUUGGAAUGGAGUUUGAAGACAAGCGAUACAGUUGUGGCCCUGCCCCAGAUUACAGCAGAGAAAGCUGGUUGAAAGAAAAGUUCACCCUUGGACUUGACUUCCCAAAUCUUCCCUAUUACAUUGAUGGUGACAUCAAGAUUACCCAAAGUGGUGCUAUUCUUCGUCACAUUGCAAGGAAGAAAAAUCUUUGUGGUGAGACAGAGAAAGAGAGAAUCAUAGUGGACAUGAUGGAAAAUCAGAUACAGGAUUUUCGGUCUGGUUUCUCUGCACUGUGCUACCGCAGUGAAAACUUUGAUGAAGAAAAGCCAAAAUAUCUCAAAAAUGUCGUUCCUAAAAUCAAAGCGUUUGCAGACUUCCUUGGUGAGAAGAAGUAUCUUGUUGGAGACAAGAUCACAUUCGUGGACUUUAUGCUGUACGAAACUCUUGAUCAUCACAAGGUGUUUGAUGCUUCUCUGUUGGAGCCCCAUGCGAAUCUUAAGGCAUAUCUUGAGCGUAUUGAGGCAUUGCCUGCCAUUGCAGCCUACAUGAAGAGUGACGACUUCAUUUCUCGACCUAUCAAUAAUACGAUCGCUAAAUUCCGAUGAAUUGCGAUAUCACAGAUUAGUUUUAAUGUAAUGACAAGAAUAUUUUUAGGGGAAUUCUCAGGGGAAUGCGGGGGGAUUCACAGGAAACUUUUUAAAAAAUGAUUUUAGCCGUCCCCCUUUCGCUCAGUAAGAAUUUCAUGACCCUCCUAUUAAGUCAACAAGGAAAAGCUUUUGGCAAAUUAAAAAGGUUUGACCCAUUGAAAAAGUA